AUGCCAAUUCUGCUUGUCCCCGAUGUCGACAAAGAGACACUAAAGCUCGUUGACCACCUCAAUGCCUACAUCAACGGCGGCCCGAGCAGUGAGUCUGCUCUCAACGAAUACUAUGACCAUAUUGCCACCCACAAGUACCUCUUACAAUCUGCGGACCCUCAUCUGAAUUCGAUCUUGACCGCAGUGAUGCCAUUGCUUGGACGGAUUGUGGAGGCAAGCAGUUUUGCUCUGGAAUAUGCUGAUUUCUUGAGCAAGCUUCUUCAGCUUGUGCCACUACAAACUGCCUUCGCCUUCUUUCCGAAGGAAGAAAUGCUUCGAGCAGUAAACUAUCCGAGCCCUGUGAGCUUAUUUAAGGCCACAGUGGAUCUCGUAGCCUGGGGAAUUAAACAGGGAGACGAGGCUGCGCAGGACUUUGUAAACAAUUCCGAUUUGGUGUCGAGAGCGGUCAAUAGAAGCUUAUCGGACCACUCCAUCCGCAAUAGUUGCUGGACGGUCGACGUGUUGGUGAAACUGUGUCCUCACGAUAUGCUUCAAGUGGUUGCUGCUGAUCUCAUGCACGCUGUGGAGCUCGUAUCGUUGUUGUCUGACUCCUACUUGACUGUUCGUUACGUCAGCAUCGCUGAGAUAGUUUUCCACAGACAUGCUGACUUGUCCAAGGAACAGCGUGAUAAAAUCGUGGGUGUUGUGGACCCAAAAAGUUUCUUCUCAAAUUUUGAUGACGAUCGUGACAUGCUACUAUACGACGUGCUCCUCAACUUCUACACUAGCCUUGUUCCCGAUAUAAAGGAGCUGCCUGCUUUGUUUGAUCUGCUCUCACCCUACGUCGAAGAAGGUAUACGUGUCUUGUCAGAGUCCCUCACUGAUGGUGACCCGCUUGUAGUCAAGCCGCUCGAGGAGCUUGUGGCUGCAGUUACUGAGUACGGCAACGAUGAUGUUUUGCUGUGGAUAACCGAAAACACGGCAUUGGGUCCUCUUAUCAACAAAUUGGACCUCAACAUACCUUCACAUCAGCUGCUAUUUCUAAAGAUAAAGUUAGAGCUUAUCAAGGACAAGCAUAAGUUCUAUAAUGAUCAGCUCGCUCAGCUUCGAUUAUCUACUAUAGAUAAGAUCAUGUUUCCGAUCAUACUACGUGCUGUGGGAGGACCGCACUUUUUUCGAAUACCUUGCAAAAGAUGA